GGGUCGUGCCGCACGCCGCUCUCAAGAUGGCGGCCGGGCUGCCUAGUGACCCCCUGGCCGCUCUCAAGAUGGCGGCAUCGCGGGGCGCGCCGGGGGGGGCGGUGCUAUGAUGGCGGUGGUGAGGCCCCUCUCCUCACAGAGGCGCUUCCCGCCGUCCCUCCUGUUGAGGCGCCGCGGCCGCGCCCUCAUCGCCUGGCGGGCGCCGGUCCGAGUGCGGCGUGUCCCGCGGCGGCGCGCAGGGCGGGGCCGGCGGCGGCGGGGCGGGGCGAGGGCGGUGGCGGCGGCUGCGGAGGCGCCCGCGCUGCCCCUUCCCCCCCCGGCGAUGGCGGCGGGGCCGCGGGCCGUCGCGGCGCCCCCGUGGAAGCGGCACCUGGCGGCGGAGCUGCGGCGGCGGGACCGGGUGCAGCGGCAGCCCUUCGAGGAGAUGAUCGCGCAGUAUAACAAGCUACUAGAGAAGUCAGACCUCCAUGCGGUGCUGGCUGAUAAGCUUCAAGCAGAAAAAUAUGACAUGCAGAGCAGACAUGAGAUCAGUCCAGGACACGAUGGUACGUGGAAUGAUGCUCAGUUGCAGGAACUGGCACAGCUGAAGAUAAAGCAUCAAGAAGAGCUGACAGAACUGCAUAAGAAACGUGGCGAGCUGGCCCAGUCUGUAAUUGAUCUGAAUAACCAAAUGCAGCAAAAGGACAAAGAGAUGCAGAUGAACGAAGCAAAGAUUGCUGAAUAUUUGCAAAAGAUCUCCGAACUGGAAACAGAGUGCCAAGAAUUGCGUAGCAAGCUACAAGAUCUUGAGCGAGCUAAUCAGACGCUGAAAGAUGAAUAUGAUGCUCUCCAGAUCACCUUCAAUGCCUUGGAGGAGAAACUAAGGAAAACUACUGAAGACAACCAGGAGCUGGUCUCGCGUUGGAUGGCAGAGAAAGCACAAGAAGCCAAUCGUUUGAAUGCAGAAAAUGAAAAGGAUUCAAGGAGGCGACAAGCCAGGCUGCAGAAGGAGCUAGCAGAAGCUGCCAAAGAACCCCUGCCUGUUGAACCCAGGGAUGAUGAUAUUGAAGUGCUUGCGGAUGAAACCUCUGACACAGCCGACGAGACGUCCCCAGUGCGAGCUGUCAGCCGGACAGCCAGUAAGCGACUCUCCCAGCCAGCUGGAGGCCUUCUGGACUCUAUCAGUAAUAUCUUUGGUCUGUCUGAGUCUCCCCUUUUGGGACAUCAAUCUUCUGAUGCUGCCAGGAGGCGUUCUCUGUCCUCGUUCCCUGCUCCCCAGGAUAAUGUAGAGCCACAUCCAGGUGCCACUAAAGAAGUGAGAGUGCCCACUACUGCCAUAUGUGUCUUUGACGCACAUGACGGGGAGGUGAAUGCAGUGCAGUUCAGCCCCGGCUCCCGGCUACUCGCAACAGGAGGCAUGGACCGGAGGGUUAAGCUUUGGGAAGUCUUAGGAGAUCGGUGUGAGCCCAAGGGGUCCCUCUCUGGUAGUAAUGCUGGGAUUACAAGCAUAGAAUUCGAUAGCGCUGGUUCUUACCUCCUAGCAGCUUCAAAUGACUUUGCCAGCAGAAUUUGGACGGUCGAUGACAAUCGGUUACGGCACACCUUGACAGGUCACAGCGGUAAAGUUCUGUCAGCCAAGUUCUUGCUGGACAAUGCACGCAUUGUUUCGGGAAGUCAUGACCGGACCCUCAAGCUCUGGGACCUCCGCAGCAAAGUUUGUAUAAAAACAGUGUUUGCAGGAUCUAGCUGCAAUGACAUCGUAUGUACUGAGCAGUGUGUGAUGAGUGGACAUUUUGAUAAGAAAAUUCGUUUCUGGGACAUCAGGACUGAAAGCAUAGUAAAAGAACUGGAGCUGCUUGGAAGAAUCACAGCCCUGGACCUGAACUCAGAGCGAACAGAGCUUUUGACUUGUUCCCGUGAUGAUCUGCUAAAGAUCAUUGAUCUGCGGGUUAGUGCUGUCAAGCAGACAUUCAGUGCCCAGGGAUUCAAAUGUGGCUCUGACUGGACGAGAGUUGUGUUCAGCCCUGAUGGUAACUAUGUGGCUGCUGGGUCAGCUGAUGGGGCCCUUUACAUUUGGAAUGUGCUCACUGGGAAAUUGGAGAGGACGCUUGCAAAGCAUCACAGUUCUUCUAUCAAUGCAGUCGCAUGGUCGCCAGCGGGUGCCCACGUGGUCAGUGUGGACAAAGGAAAUAAGGCUGUCCUGUGGUCUGAGUUUUGACUGGACGGAGGGUGAAUGGCGUCCCGCGCCUGUGUGUGGUGGCGCUGGUCCGCGGCUGAACAGAAUGGAGACCCGAGCCCAGAUCCAUCCUGGGAUAUUAACAAGCACACGGGCUUCACUUUCCAGAGGAAAGUUCUAAAGCAGUGGAGAAGGAGCCCGAGUCGGAGACUUCUUAUGGCCGUAACUGCACUGUGGCACUCGGACUCAGCAAGGGAUUGGCUGUUCUGGGUGGAGAAUGCUACUUAGUCAUGCCUUUACAUGCAGUAUCUGUGCACCGAGCGGAGCAGAAGAUACUAGCGAGAUUCCUCACCAGACAGCUGUGCCAAAUACCCUGUCACACAAAUGUAUCUACAGCACUUCUGAGCUGGAAAUGUUGAAAAAAAUUACUGUGUAUGCUGACUUACUACAUGUCCUGUCUCCUGUGUUCUGUUCUUGUGGCCCGGUUCAGGUAUGGGUGAGAAGAUCCUGAAAUGUGGACGGGUCCUAAGCAGGCUGAAGGGUCGGGACAGCUUUUCAAGAGAGUCUCCCAUGGCUCUGGCAGCUCUGCCUUUGAGUUAUCAGCUCAAUCCAGAUCUGCUCUGAUCCUGACACGGGUUCUCCAGCACUGUCAUGUCAACUGUUUGUAUCCAUUUCACCUGUCCUUUAGACAAUGGUCCAUUUUUCAGGACUCCUGCACCCUUUUGUUAAAAUGCCCUUCAACAGCCUGAGUAUUGCCAAGUAGAUUUUUAAUCUUUUUAUCCCGCAGGCAUUUUGGUUACUGGGUGUGAGGAGAGAGAAGUUCAACUGCUGCUGUGCUGAGGAAUGUAGUCAUACUGUAACUCCAGUACCGGAACAGAGAUGUUUGGUCCCUUUUUCUGUUCAUCCGUCCUGUCCUGGCAGCUGUCAGUAGAACACAGGGGAGCAGUGGGGUUAAAUCCCAAAUCCAUUGUUUUGGUGCUGGCAAUUCCAGGCCACUCGCCCCCUCCUUGAGCACACGUGCAAUAUUCCCGUUUGCGCUGGAG